CUCUGUAUUCGAAAAAAAAAAAAGAACCCAACUUUCCAGAAACCCGCACCUGAACCCGACCCACCCAUACUCUUCUGAACAGAUCCUUCUCCUACCUUGCUGCUGCUGCUGCCGACUUCGACCUCUCCAGGGAGCUCUGCUGCGCUACACGUUCCUAACUAGGCUUUGGGCUGGGCAAGAGAAGCUCUUCCGCUGACCCUAAAAGAAAAAGCUCUUUCGCCACCAUCAAUGGAGGCGCCUCCCACACUGUCAGAUCAAAGUCACAUCGAUGCGUAAACCAAAAAAAAAAAAAAUCGCAUCGAUGCCAUGUUUUUUAGGAAGAGUUUCAGCUACUGCAUUUUCCUUCAGGAGAUUUUACAAUACAUAUACGCAAAUGCUUGGAGUGUCACUGUCACCAAGUAAAAUUGCAAAUGUAAACCAAACCCUAAUUAGCCUCCUUGAUAAGUGUAAAUCAGUGCUUGAACUGAAGCAACUUCAUGCUAUUGUGGUCUCUAUGGGCUUAUCUCAGGAUGAAUCAUAUGUAUCCAAGAUUAUUUUCUUCUCUGCCCUAUCAAAUUCAGGGGACAUUGGUUAUUCCUACAGGGUUUUCUCCCAGUUAUGCAGCCCAUCAAUUCUUUGCUGGAAUACAAUCAUAAGGGGCUACUCAAAUAGCAAAAACCCAAAUGGUUCUUUUUCUGUAUUUCUGAAGAUGCUGAGACUAGGGUUUGCUCCAGAUUACUUAACAUACCCUUUUCUCAUUAAGGCAUCUGCACGCCUUUUAAACCUGGAAGCUGGAGUGUCAGUCCAUUCUCACAUUAUAAAAACUGGGCAUGAGUCUGAUAGGUUUAUCCAGAAUUCUUUGAUACAUAUGUAUGGUUCUUGUGGUAAUAUUAUGUGGGCUCAUAAGGUAUUUGAUUGUAUGGAAGGAAAAAAUUUGGUUUCAUGGAAUUCCAUGUUGGAUGGCUAUGCGAAGUGUGGAGAAAUGAAUCUAGCUCGCAAAGUUUUUGAUUCCAUGUCAGAGAAGGAUGUUCGAUCAUGGAGCUCUCUGAUUGAUGGUUAUGUUAAGGCUGGGGAAUAUAGGGAAGCAUUGGCUGUCUUUGAAAAGAUGCGGGCUGUUGGUCCCAAGGCCAAUGAAGUAACUAUGGUGAGUGUAUUGUGUGCUUGUGCACACCUUGGUGCUCUUGAAAAAGGGAGAAUAAUGCACAAUUAUGUAGUUGACAAUGGAUUGCCAAUGACGUUGGUCUUGCGGACUUCUCUAGUGGACAUGUAUGCCAAAUGUGGGGCAAUAGACGAGGCUUUUCUUGUAUUCCACGGUGUCUCAAAGAAUAAAACUGACGUAUUGAUUUGGAAUGCAAUGAUUGGAGGUCUUGCCACACAUGGGUUUGUCCAAGAAUCUCUUAAACUGUUCAAGGAUAUGCAAGUAGUUGGUGUCCUUCCUGAUGAGAUCACAUACCUGUGUUUGUUGGCUGCGUGUGCCCAUGGUGGGUUAGUUAAAGAAGCAUGGUACUUCUUCGAGAGUCUUAGCAAAUGUGGCAUGACACCUACAAGUGAGCACUGUGCUUGCAUGGUGGAUGUGCUGGCUCGUGCUGGUCAAUUAGCCGCUGCAUACCAAUUUAUCUGUCAAAUGCCCAUGCAGCCAACACCAUCCGUGUUGGGUGCCCUUCUUAGUGGGUGCAUAAACCAUAGAGAUUUUGAUCUUGCAGAAACAGUUGGCAGGAAGCUUAUUGAGCUGGAACCAAAUCAUGAUGGAAGAUACAUUGGCUUAUCCAAUGCUUAUGCAGUUGAAAAGCGCUGGGAUGAUGCAAGAAGCAUGAGAGAAGCCAUGGAGAGAAGAGGAGUAAAAAAGUCGCCUGGGUUUAGCUCUGUUGAAAUAUCAGGAGUCAUUCAUAGUUUCAUUGCUCAUGAUAAAACACAUCCUAAUUCAGAGGAAACGUAUUCUAUGCUGAAUUUUGUUGUAUAUCAAAUGAAACUUGGCUGCUGCCAAGAUCAAGAAAUUGCGUUGAAUGGUCCAUGAACAAAAGAUGAGUUCCUUUUCUCUUGACUGGAUACUGGAUGGUGUCAGGUUUGGGACAGUUCCUGGAUAUCCAAGUUGGCUGCAAUAAAGAACUCAUGACCCCCGAAGGUUAGAUGCCACAUCUAGUAUCUGGAGUAGUUUCAGAUUUAUUGAUGUUUCUAUGAUGCCAAUGCUAUUGCAAUUCUACAUCUUGUUGGCUUGCUUGUGCAUCCUUGACACAUGGUGCGUUCUCGUUACUUUUCCCCCACAGAAGAAUAUACAAGCCAGUAAUAACCAAGGCCGAUCCUGCAACACUGAUUAUAAGAGACAGGAAUAUGUUAGGGGAUUGGAAAGUAUAAGGAUAAAUCAUAGAAGGGUCACAAAAGAAUCAACCUUCCUAGAAAAAAGGGACAAAAUAGCUGUGCUAGAGUAUUGACAUGGAUAUCUUUUGCUAAUCUUUGCUUGUAUGAUAAACCAUGAAGACCAAAGAAGGCACCCUGUAAUCAGAAAUAUUGAACCUAUGAUCCAUUUUUCUAACUUUCUGGCUGGAGGACCACUUGAUGCUUCGUUUGCUGUGUGUUGUGCUUGGGGGUUGAUUAAGGGCAUUCCUUUAUAGAGGAUCAGUACCAAAGUUCCACCAAUGCACACAACAGUCCCUAAGAUUUUGGCUUUCCCACUCUUGCUUGUGAUGUUUACCUUCUCUAUCCUAGAAAAAUAUUUUCGAAGAUGUGCCACGAUGAAGGUGAAUACUGGCACAGCAUUGAGGAAUGCACAUGAGAACGUUGCAGACGUAUAUUCAAGUCCAAGAAGAAAUAUGUAUUGGAUGGGGUGUCAUAUUGAAUGGAUUCCAAAUAUCAUCUAUUGAUGGAGAGAUAUUUGUUAGUUCAGUAUACGAGACAAAAUGAAUACACAACUUUUUUCGACUACAUACCCGACAAGAGAGCUGAGGAAAAGGAGACAUAUUAUGUUCAAAACCAGUGAGGGCAAGUAUAUUAUUCAUCAAAGACACAUGGAGGCAGGGGAUGAGAGUUAAGAAUAAGCAGAAAGAAGUGAAAAGAUGGAAGUGAUUCUAACCUUUCAUACAAGCAGGCAAUAGGUGCCAUGAAGAUAAAUGAAACUGCUUGUCUAUAUGUUACAAUGGACAUGUUGUCCAUUCCUCCAUUAAGAACCUUCUUCAUAAGUAAAUUUACAAUAGCCAUAGCUAAGUUAACAAUAAUCAAGAUAAUAACUGGCUUAAACAAACCCCUGCAAUGCAUCAACAUAUUAACAAUAUUUUUCUUUGCUUUUUA